AUAUGAUAUUAGAUUUUGAAAAAGAUGACAACACUCAUUUACAUGCUUCAUUAUCACCAUUUGAUCUUGAUCAAAUAGAAAAGCAAUUUAAAAUUGUUAUUUCUAACUCUUUGAAUAAAUAUUGGCAUGAUUUUCAUAAAGCUGAAUUGGUAGCUAUCCUUUUAGACCUCUGA